UUAACAUUUGUGUUUUAUUUGCACAGUAUUUGCCCUCUUCUCUCUAUUUCCUUGCAUUUAUUACACAUCAUUUAUAGAAAACUGUUAAAAAAAAAACAGAUAGGAGCUCAAAAAUAUUUUUAUCAAAAUAAUGCUGAAAAUAGGCAAAGAAUAAAAAUAUUUAAGCACCUGUCAGUGGUAUAAAAUACCUUUGCGUAAAUUAGUUAAAUGUUUUAUGUAGUUUGAUUUUCUAUCAGCCUUUUUAUCUGAUGUUGGAUAUUUUCUGCAACCGGCCCGUGAAGACUUUUAUUUUGAAAGCAUUCCUCAAGCGUGAGCCUCUCACUGGCAGCCAUUUUGUAGGUCACGCCUACCGGAAACGGUGUCUGCACCUGCACCGACAGCAGAACCGAAAUCGGAGGACUCCCUGUCGGGCCUCGUCACGUUUCUCUCGGCUCUCCCACUCCCAUCCCGCUCGUUGCCGUUUCCAUCCCGUUCCCUCUGCGGGUUGCGCGCCUUUUCACGCCGCCGUGUCGGAGGACUGAUCGCUGGAGCGUGGGGGGAUUUUACAGAGAGGGGGAAGAAGGAGGGAGGAAGGGCAGGUCCCUCAUCAUCAUCACUUUCACUCCCUUCAUCAUUUCCAAACAUCAUCAUCAUCAUCAACGCGACGAGGCGUGUCUGCGCUCACUAGAAACAUACCGCAACACUAAACCAGCAGCGGCGGCACCGAACAAAAUGAAUCGCGUUAACCGCACGCCGAGCCCGGACGCCGUUUGAUGUAGCACGUUUUAUUAUUUAUUUAUUUUUUGAUCUGGAAAUUUCUUGACUUUGUUGGGAGAGCGAACGAGUACUGCGGCCUUGCAUCCAGCUGAAUGAACGAUGCGGACUUUACCAGCACCUUGAUUUAGCACCACAUUUCCAACGGAUGACCGUUUCACCACACCAAACAGCGUCUCUUUUCUCCGUUCUGUGUGUUUUUAUGGGAGUGACGGAUAGCUAGUAGCCGGGAUAAAAUGUGGAAGUGGAGGCGGCUGAUGCGGUUGUCCAACCGCUCCUUAAUGGCCUUCAUCUUUUUCUUCUCCAUGUCCACGACCUGCCUCUACUUCAUCUAUGUGGCUCCUGGAAUAGUCAACACAUAUUUCUUCAUGGUACAGGCUCAGGGUAUCAUGUUACGAGACAAUGUGCGGACCAUUGGUCACAUGAUCAGGCUAUACACCAAUAAGAACAGCACUCUCAACGGCACAGAUUAUCCAGAUGGAAAUAAUUCUAGCGAGUAUAUUGCUCAGCCAACCACAUACCUCCCUGAGAACUUCACAUAUGCUCAGAACCUGCCCUGUCCUGAACGAUUACCUUCUAUGAAGGGUCAGAUGGAAGUCAACAUGACGGAGGUUCCUAUGGAGGAGAUCGAACUGAGGCUCAAACGUCUGGACAUUCGAUUUGGAGGCCACUGGAAGCCCAAAGAUUGCAAGCCACGCUGGAAGGUGGCCAUACUAAUCCCUUUUAGGAAUCGCCAUGAGCAUCUUCCCAUCCUCUUUCAGCAUCUCGCCCCUAUGCUCCAACGCCAACGCUUGCAGUUUGCCUUUUAUGUCAUUGAACAGGCGGGUGCUCAGCCGUUUAACCGUGCCAUGCUGUUUAACGUGGGCUUUAAAGAGGCUAUGAAAGACCUGGACUGGGAUUGUGUGGUGUUUCACGACGUCGAUCACAUCCCAGAAAACGACCGUAAUUACUACGGCUGUGGUCAGAUGCCUCGACACUUUGCCGCCAAGCUUGACAAGUACAUGUACAUCCUUCCCUACAAUGAGUUUUUCGGUGGAGUAAGUGGACUUACUGUCGAACAAUUCCUCAAGAUCAAUGGCUUUCCCAAUGCAUUCUGGGGCUGGGGUGGAGAGGACGAUGACCUCUGGAACAGGGUUCAUUACGCAGGUUUCAAUGUGACCAGGCCAGAAGGUGAUAUUGGCAAAUACAAAUCUAUCCCCCAUCACCACAGAGGAGAAGUACAGUUCCUGGGGAGGUACAAGUUGCUGAGGUACUCUAAAGAGCGACAGCAUCUAGACGGCUUGAACAAUCUGCAGUACUCUCCGGAGAUCUCUCUGAGCAGCCUGUAUAAGAACAUCACGGUCAAUCUGAAUCCCGAGCUCGCACCCAUAGCAGAAUACUGACAGGCUUCGCCCCCUCGGUGUGACCCCGUGUCAGAAAAUGUGAUGCCAAAUGCCCUUAAAAACAGGAGUGAAGAGGGCAAAGGCCUGUCUAAUGCACAGUUAGUUGUGUGACGUGAGUGUGUGUGCGUGUGUACGAUUACUGGAUCAUAUCUGUGAAAGUGUAUUAGCGUGACUGCGUGUUUAAUUGCAUGUUCCUGUGUCCAUGCUGGCUUUAGCGAAUCAGAUCACAACACAUUUUAAAAAAGGUGGGGAGUGCCAGCGUCAACAAAUCAGAUGUUUACUGCAAAGCCUUAAUUGAAUUUUAUAGGCUAUCAAACUCUGUAGAUCUACAUUGUAGAAAGCUUGGUUUUACAUGGCAACAGCACUCUUGACGCCAAUAGACAUUUUGUCAUGUUCUGUUAGUAUAAUUUUUUUAUACAUAUCGUUUUUUUAAAAAGAAGACAUCAAUGCAGUUUAAAUGGAUGUAUUUUAAAUCUGUACUUCACCUUUUGUUCUUGUAUUACGAUAUACAUUUCACCUUGGUGGUGUGCUACAGUUUUAUUUUUUCCCUAAUUCCAUGGCUAAACAGAAGGCUGUGACAAGUUGCAUGCAUGGCCCUGACUCCCUUGUAAAUAACUGGCCUUUUAAACAAUGCUUUAGGCCCCCAAAAGACGCCUGUGAUUCCAGUGGAAACACUCUUCUUUUUGGCAGCUAAUUGUUGUUUUUGACUUCUGUUAAUUAUUUUUUUUUUCUUCAAUAGUUUGGGACACACGACUGCCGGUCAAAUAAUUUCAGUAACUGUAGAAUGCAAACAAAAAAUCAAAAACGAAAUAUAGAUAUCAUUACCUGCUGCAUGCCUUAAUUUAUUUUUUGCUAAAUGCUUAUUUUGUGUCUUAAAGAAUUAUAUUUUUUAGUCAUAUUGAUUUUUUUUCGUCUUUGCUUUUGUUAAUAGCGUAAUCAUUCUCAUGUCUCGUUUUUGAAAUGCACUCCAUGGUAGUGAAAGAUAUGACUGAAACGGUGUUUAAAAGACAGGUCCUUCACAGGAUAACCUGUUGGUCAGUCAGGUUCGCAGCUGCUAAAGCCAAAACGCCCUUCACAGGGUUUGGCAUGUGUCUCAACCUGUGUGUUUUUGUCUGUUCGUGUGUGUAGCUCUCAGUAUGAAAUACUGGGUGACGUUGCACUCCUGUAGGGCCAAGAUGAGAGAGCGACUUCGCAAGUUGCUCUUGAAUGGCAUUUGGAGUACCCUUGGGCCAUGACGACUUUAUGCUGUUAAAGUUUUGAGCAUUACAAGCUGUUGGUAUAUGUUUGCCUUUUGUAUAUAUUUUUAUUUUUUUGGAGUUGUCGAUGUACUUUAGUUUUUUUUUGUGUAUAUUUUAAGUUAUCAUAUAAAUGUCCUAAAACUGCUAUUUCAUAUCCUCUCAUGCUGUCUGUGUGUGUGUGUGUGUGUGUGUGUGUCCUUCCACUCAGAAUUGCACAUCGAGGGGGAGAUUUUGUCAGCAGCAUGCUUUGCGACAUUAACUGGACUUUCUGACACUUGAAGUUGAGACACUUACAGCUCACAAAAACGCUUUAUUGCGCCUGCUUCCGAGGCUUUUUGUAGGUUCUUUCCAUCCGCAUGUCUCUGAAGUGUAGUUGAGCCAUGGCAUCUCUGAGGUCCUCUGCUUGCUUUGUCUUUUUCUGAGUGGAUGAUUUCUUAAACUCUAGUAUGGUCUUUUCCCAUUGAUGGUGACCCCGACGUGAUCUCCAGUGCCCAGUCUGUUGUUUACAGUCUCCUCUUAAACCAUCAGACUCGCAGUUGGGUCUAAUCAGACCCGUUUACUGUGGUUACGGGUUACAAAAACAUUUGACCAACUCAGACGAGGAAUUGAAGAAUUCUGUCAUUUUCUGAAAUUAACUGAAUAUAAUAUACUUAAAUGGAGGUUAAUGGUGCCAAAGUCCACUUUUCCUCAUUGAUCACCUCCUUUUCACUCAUUCAGCAUUGUGUGGUAAAAUGUAGCUCUAGGAUUUUUCAAGCCAGUCACUUUGAAGAUCUGCGAGUGUUUUUCGGUAUGCGUGAAGCGAGUUUGUGUAUGAGUUUGUGUCAUAUGCAGUCUAGUGUGAGAGGAUUGCGUUAGGCUAUAGAAUGAAGGCUGAAAAACCCCUCGCCUCGCUUUUCCACUGCACGGGGCCAACAAAUUUACAUAAGCAAAGUUUAGGCAAAUUUGGCAUCCAAUGUGGGAUGCUAAGCUGUUGUUUUACGCUCUGUGUUCAUGUUGAAGCAGCUGGUGAGAUUAAUAUGUGUUGUUUAAUGUAAAAAUAGAGGCAUUUUAGACCGAUUAUAGGCUUUCAAAGAGGGGAAGUGUGGCUUACAGGUACUAGUUUCCAGAAUGCUCAAAUAAACGAGUAUCAUUCCAUCUUCACAGUGCACUGUUUUCUUGUUUUGCAGGCGGUAGGCCGCACUUUCAUGUGCUAACGGAGUAAAGAAGUGGUCUUGUGCUGCAAUACGGAGUCGGAUAGGCCUGUUAUGGAUUGUGUUAAUCAUUAGCUUGCAAAACGCUUUUAUUUGGUUACACAGAUGGGUACUGAAAGUUACACAUUGUUCUUAAAGUGAGGUGGGUUGCAAUAUGAAUAUUGAAUGUUAAGUUGAUUUGAAUUUUAUUUUUUAUUUUAUUUUUUAUUUUUUUUUUGUGGUGGUGAAUGUGGUCACGCUCCAUUCCCCUGAUAUGAAAUGUGCUUUUUUAAUAUUAUGGGAAACGUACCGGUGAGACUGCUCUGGUGUGUUUGGAUCUGGUGGUUAAUCAGUUGUAGCUUUUGAGGGAGCUUUGUUCAGUGCUGUCAUUUGUCUUCUAAUUUAAGGUUCAUCUCAUUUUCCACCCCAAACCAACCCCUCUCCUAGCUGCCCCAUCCUGUUCAGCUGUCUUUUGAAAAUAUCCAGAAGAAACAAUAGAUAGAAAAUUUAAAAAGAUGAUUUAUUCACCAUUACAUAUCUGUAAUGUGUAGAGUGUUCAAUUUUUGCAGUAUUCAUAUUUGUGCCUUGAUUUUUUUUUUUUUUUUUUUUUUCCCUUUUCAAUUUCGCAUUGUUGAGAUGUGCAGUGGGGUGUGUGUGGAUGGUGUUUAAAAUUAGAAUCGGGAGCACAUUUACAUUUUUCUUUAACAGUUUUUUAUUUCAAUCUGGAGCUGUCUAUAAAUCUAAAAUGUCUGCUGGUCAUUCAGUGGGAACUAAAAAAAAAACAUGAGGAUAUUCUCCUGUGUUUGUUUCUCCAACAUUGAGGGUCCACUUUAACUGUAACACCAGUAUGAGAAGCAGAAUGUGUUGAGAUGCCAGCUGCUUUGACUGACAUGUACAAUCCUGGUUCCAGACUUUUUUUGUUUUGUUUUUGUUGUACCAGUCUGUUCACUGCGUUUCACUCUGUAAUGAUCAUUAAAAGACUUUAUAGUUGAAAACUUA